CGCUUCCUGCCCAGCGCCCGCACCGCCCUGCGCGGCAGCCCCAGCAUGGAAGCCAUCGCCAAGUACGACUUCAAAGCCACGGCGGAUGACGAGCUGAGCUUCAAACGGGGGGAUAUCCUUAAGGUUUUGAAUGAAGAAUGCGAUCAGAAUUGGUACAAGGCAGAACUCAAUGGAAAAGACGGCUUCAUUCCCAAGAACUACAUAGAAAUGAAACCACAUCCGUGGUUUUUUGGAAAGAUUCCCCGAGCAAAGGCUGAAGAGAUGUUAGGCAAACAGAGACACGAUGGUGCCUUCCUCAUCAGGGAGAGUGAGAGUGCUCCUGGGGACUUCUCCCUCUCAGUCAAGUUUGGAAAUGAUGUGCAGCACUUCAAGGUGCUUAGAGAUGGGGCUGGCAAGUAUUUCCUCUGGGUGGUGAAGUUCAAUUCUUUGAACGAGCUGGUAGAUUAUCACAGAUCCACAUCUGUCUCCAGGAACCAGCAGAUAUUUCUCCGGGACAUUGAACAGGUGCCACAGCAACCAACAUACGUUCAGGCCCUGUUUGAUUUUGAUCCCCAGGAGGAAGGAGAGCUGGGCUUCCGCCGUGGAGACUUUAUCCAAGUCCUUGACAAUUCUGACCCCAACUGGUGGAAGGGAGCCUGCCACGGACAGACGGGCAUGUUUCCACGCAACUAUGUGACCCCAGUGAACCGGAACAUCUAGAGAUAAAUAUUAGAGAUUAUUUAAAGAAACCAGAGAAACAGUAAAUACACAUACAGAGCCUAACUGCAGCCAGUGACCUAAAAUCACACGGCGAUAAAACCUGAGUCAUCUUUCACCGUGAGGUGAUCCUCCUUCACUCAGUACGGAACUUCAGGGGUGGCGGGGGGGAAGGAGUUCAACUUACACACCAAAACGUAUCUUUAA